AGGGCAACCAGUAAUUUACUCCGGAGGUGUAAAAUUCCCUGUUCCGACAGGAGAACGUCGUUGAAAGAUGUCGGACGCAAAAAGCUCCUGGGAGAAAAUUAAGGAACAUGUUGGCUGUACCCCGACAAUGGUGUUCUCCGUCAUUGGUGAUUCAGACAGCCUUGACCACAGACCCUGGACCAAAACAGUAUUCCAGACAGCGUUGAUAGAGGCAGCUAAAAGUGGCGGAGAGUCGUGGGUAUUGUACCGAGGUUAUACCAAUGGGGUGUCGGAUAUAGUACGUGAUGCUUAUAGAAAUUAUGGUUACACGGAAUUCGAUGAAGGCAACUUUGACGAGACGCUAAAGCUGACUGAAUGGAGUGUUGAGGAAUAUAAUGAGCACAUCAAGAAAUCGCGGAGAUUUGUAGAGCGAAAUGUAAAACUUAUCAAAAUUGCAGGAGAUCAGAAGAUCAACAGUAAAUCGCCACCGGAAUACAUAGAAGUUGCAGGCACGGGGAAUGAUUUUUUGUUGAAGUUCGAAAAGUUUGUUUCUGAACAAAAAAUGCAUUUCUUCAGUAAAAAAGGGGAUUUUGGCAUGCAAGUUCCGAUAGCAAUCAUUGUAUGUGAAGGUGACAUUGAAACCAUUGCGCACAUAUCUGAUGCACUGGAACAAAAACUUCCGGUGGUUAUUAUUAAAGGCUCAGGAAAAGCUGCCGAUUUCAUAUUGGACUACCUGAAAAAUUCCAAAAUCUUGAUGAAGAAAGUCAGACUGUUUGGGAUGCAUAUUGAUGAGGACACCUACGCAAAAAUGACGACGUACCUCAAAACUAUUAAAAAGAAAAAAAAAUGGUUUCUGGGACGCCUGAAGGAUGCCAUCGGUGGUUCCUUAAAAACACCAGCCAUUCGUUUGUUGGCAUGCAGAAUUGGUGUAUUUGAUGUUGACAAUGACGAUCCAUUAAUGCUGUCAAACAUUGUUGGUGAAACUAUUGUCAAAUGCUGGGCCAUAGAGAAUAUUCCAUCAUCCGAAUCAAAAAAUCCUGAACAAUCGGAGUGCCAUAUGGUAAGAGAAAUAUUGAAUGGCUACAGGGAAGAUUUUAGACCUUAUGUACUGAACCCAAAGUACCCUUCGCCUACGUCUCUUCCACUUUACUUCUAUACUGGAUAUCAGUUUCUGCAGGAAACAAAGACAUUCAUGGAUAAUGGUCAUAUUCUUCUCCUUGAAGCAAUGAAAGCUAACCGCUGCGAUUAUGUGCGAGUUUUAUUGGAUAGAGGAGUAAAAUUAAAGAUUAAGGACUUACCAGAGUUGUAUGACCAGACUGUCUCUUGUGUGCACUGUAGAUGGGAAGAUAACUGUCACCACAUGCAGUGGAUAUUGAAGCAAAGUCAUGAGUCCAAAGCUAAGAUUGUGUGUCAAGAAUACAGAUCAGUUAUGGGAGAAUUGAAAAACCCAGAGAGACAUUGCGCAACGCAGGAGGAGGAAACGUAUAUACACAAGAAAUGCGAACUAGGCAAGAAAGUCUCAAACGCAGCCAAACGUUUAUGCCGCAAACUUUUGCGAAACAAAGAAAACGAAGAAACAAGCGAACAAACACCCGACUCAAAACAGAAUGAUACUCCUGUGGAACACGCCAAUAUUUCCGAUCUCUUGCUUUGGGCAAUAUUUGCCAACAGAAAGGAACUAGCAGAAAUUUACUGGCUUCAAAGCGAAGAUCAUAUAUUGACAGGUUUGGUAUGUUCAGCUCUGCUAAAGAAGUUAGCUAAAAAGGCAAACAAUGUGAGGGGACAUGUCCUAUCAAGCGGGUUGGAGGAGCAUUCAAACGUUUUUGCGAGACUGCCAAUCAAUGCUAAGUUCGGAAGAAAACAGGACAUUUUCUCUUUACCCAAAGAGCUGAUCUACAAUGUCAGUGACAUGGUGUAA